GCGACUUGGUCCAUGCAUGCAAGCCAGUAGCAAGCACCAUCAAUCAGCGAAGAGAGAUUUGAACUUGAAGACUGACCAGCAAUAUACAAACAAUAAGACUACGACAAUUAUUGUAACGAGGCCAUAAAUCGUUGCUAACACAUUUAAUCCAUUAAAAGUGCGUAAAAAACGCUUACCAAAAAAGUGCAACUUUGUGUAAAAUGCAAAUCAUUCGUCAUCCACAACAUUUGGUGCUAUUGCUGGGCAUUUGCUUGGUGCUGCUGCUCCAAUCUGCCACAGCUGGAAAAAUAAAGCUAUUUGCCUUUAAGGGACCACAUGCCGGCUUUGUUAAGCUGAAAGUGCGAACACCAAAGUUUCUGGGUCUUAAGCAUGCUCUGGGCGGACUCGGUGGAGGCAUUGGUGGUAGUGUGGGCAUCCAUGGUGAUUUCGGCGCCGGGUUCGGCGGCGGUUACGGUGGCGGCUACGGCGGUGGCUACGGCGGUGGCCACGGCGGUGGCCACAGCGGAGGCUAUCAUCACGAUGAAUAUCAUCAUGAGGAAUAUCAUCACAGCAGCGGGGGAAGCUUUGGAAGCAGCGGCGGCUUCGGCGGCGGUCUAUGGGGAAAAUAGACUAAACUAAGCUUAAAUUUAAUGUUAAACACAUCCUCUCCAUGAGAAUCAUUAUGUUUGUUAUUCAGUUGUAAGUUCAUUCAUUUAAAAAUAAAAG